AUGCCUAAGCUUUUCAUCACCGGCAUCACCGGCUACAUCGGCGGCGACGCUUUCCACCUGCUCUCGCAGAAACACCGGGACUUCGAAUUCUCCGCACUGGUUCGCACAGAAGCGAAAGCAAAGUACGUGCGCGAGCUGUAUCCAAACGUCCGGAUCGUCAUUGGCGGUCUUGACGAUGCGGACAAAAUAGAGAAGGAGGCUGCGUGGGCGGAUAUUGUGCUUCAUACCGCCGACUCAUCCGACCACGUCGGUGCAGCGAAUGCGAUCGCCAGGGGACUGGUGCAAGGCCACUCGCUGGACCGCCCGGGGUACUGGCUGCACACCGGUGGGACAGGAAUCCUGACAUACUUCGACUCGGACGUCCAUAAGGUCCACGGCGAGCACAACGACAAGGUCUUCAACGACUACGAAGGAGUUUCCGAACUGACCAAUCUUCCCGCCGCUGCGUUCCACCGCAAUGUCGACGAGAUCGUUCUCAGGACGGGCGUUGAGCAUGCCGACCGCGUCAAGACGGUCAUCGUCUGCCCACCGACCAUCUACGGGCGUGGACGAGGCCCCGUCGCGCUUCGUGGCCGGCAAGCGUAUGAGCUCACCUCGUUCGUUUUGAAGGAGAAGUAUGUCCCAAUUAUCGGGAAAGGAUUGGCGAGGUGGAACAAUGUGCACAUAUACGACCUGAGCCGGUUAUUCGAUCUGCUUGUGCGGGCGGCUCUGGAUCCCGCCAGGAAAGACGAUAAAGAGAUUUGGGGCGAGAAGGGAUACUUCCUCUGUGAGAAUGGAGAGCAUGUCUGGGGCGAACUGUCGAAGCUGGUCGGCGAGCAGGCGCACAAGUUGGGGUACCUCAAAGACGCUCCAGUGGUCAAAGAAAUGUCGGUGGACGAGGCGAUCAGUUCGCCUGCUGGCUUUGAGGCGGCCAGUUGGGGGUGGAACUCGAGGGGGCAGGCGCAGAGGGGACGGGAAGUGCUGGGAUGGUCGCCAGAGGAGAAGAGCAUUGAGGAGGAGAUCCCCGAUAUUCUUGCUGCGGAGGCUUCGAGGCUCGACGGACAGUUCAGCUUAACGAUAAUGUUUCCACCAACCGGUGAAACUCGUCUGCUUAUUGCAGUCGAAUCAUCGUUCGCCGAUGAGUAA